GCACUAGGUAUCUGUUGAAUUAAGUUUAGCAUUUAUAGAAAACUUUAAAUUAAACUCAGUACAAAUGUAGAUCUUGACAUUCAAUUUACCCGCUAUGCGCUAGUGCCCGCACUGCCGCUAACAGAGCAGAAGUGGACGUUUUCCAACACCCGGCAAUCGUGCCACAAAAACUGGCGGGAUACAAAUUUAAAGUCGACGCUCGAAAUGUCGUCCGCGAGUGACCCGGAAAAUAGCCUGAUCAACCUCUUCUUGGACUGCAGGCUGAGCGACGACGAUGAGCCGGUGGCAGGUUAUCAGCCACUGGAAGCCACCAGCCAGGCAACCCAGUCGCAGUGCCAACUGGUUCUUUUCAAGUCGCCGUGCAAGGCGCCCCAAUCCCAAAUGCGAAUGAGUGCUUCAUCUGCGGACGCCGACGAGAUCAUCGUUAUUUCUGAUGAGCCGGUGGUCAGCUACCUCUACUCUUCUCAGAUGAGCAGCUCCUCCGAAGAGCCAUUGGCACAGACAUACAGCGAUUUUAUCCCUGAAACGGAUGACAGCCGUCCUGUUUCCCCGGGAGCUUUAACCGACAUGGAUUCGCGUCUAAAGCAACGCUCUCCGGAUAGAAGUCUAGACAAGCUGGCCAACCCCACGAACCGCUCGGUGGUGACACGCAGUGGUCGCGCGGUCAAAGUGCGCAUGGACAAGGAGUUCGACUACUCCUCCUCCCAGUCGAAGGGCGACGGCGAAGAGGACUCCGACGACGACGAUGACUACCAGCAGGCACUGGAGCUCAAGCGGCUGGGUCGCAAGCGGGUCAGCCUAGAGCAUAGCAGCAGUAGUGCCUGCAGCACUGACACCAGCUUCUCCUCUCCGGAGGGGGCUCCCACCAUCUACCUACAGCUGGGAAGCCAGGUGGCUCUCGUCAAGCGCGAUCCCCUCGCCGAUCUCUCCUUGGACGACGACGAGGACCUCAAGACAAAGGUGCACAAGUUUCUGGGCCUGAUGGCGGCGCGGCGCAGACUGUACAACCCGGCGGACGACAGCGAUCCGGUGCCGGAGGAGGACGAGAAGGUGGUGUCGCCUCAACAUGUCCAAUGCCGGCUGAUCACCCCCACGCCCACCAAAAAGGACACUGCGUCGCCCAAGCCCAUUGUUUCGCGUUCAUCAAUGGAUAUUUCUGUUUGGUGGAGGCUAGCUAUAGCGCACCGUGAUCCGCCCACCCUAGAGGAGCGGCAAGCGAAGGCUGUCGACGACUUUGUGCUGCAGGCCAACGCCAACUCAGCAGAGGAGCAGACGCCCGACCAUCUCAAGACGCCCAUCGACCUGAGCGAGCUGCCCAGCAGCAACCAUGUGGCGGUAAUCUGCCGCCGCCACAAGGAAAGCCUCAUCUGCCUGAAGCGGCACCCGCUCUUUUACGGAUUUGUGGAGUCGCUCAAUCCGAAAACCCCGAUCAGCAUGUGUCACCCAAUGGCGGUGACCUACCGCGAGAGCAGCUUCGACCGCUGCAAGGAUGCCCUGGCCAAACAGCUGUUCAAUAUCUUAAACCAUGCGGUCUUCCACUGCGGCCUGCAGGCGCCCAUUAACUGGAAGCGCGGCAUGGCCAUACCCAGCCUAAGCGAGCUGUCCGUGGGCGACUCCGGGCAGCGCACCGCCCGCAUCCUGCUGUCAGAGCGCAUAAGCCAGCCGGCCAUGCUCGUAAAGCCGCUGCUGCACGAGAUGUGCCAUGCGGCGGCCUUCGUUUUUAACCGGGAGACAGGGCACGGCGACAACUGUCGCAGAUGGGCGUACCAGGCAAAGCACGCGCUCCCGGAGCUGCCAGCGAUCGACGACUGUGAGGUCACCUUCAAGUACACCUGCUCCAUGUGCGCUCGUUGCUCCUACGGAAGGAUCCAGUUCAGGACGGAGCAACUGCGCUGCCACUACUGCCAAUUCGAGGUGGGGGUCAAGCCCUUUCACCAAGACGACGUGUACCAGGGCACCCGGCCGGACACGACGAUGACACCGUUCAAGUCCUUCGUCCGGGAGCACUACCUCAAGCUGGGCGAGCGGGGGGGUGGCACGCACAGCUCCAAGAUGAUACAGCUCAGCGGGGAGUACGCGGAGAUGAACUCUCCGCCUGAUAGAGAAACCCGAUCGCGUAGGGUAAAAAAAAGAGGCCAAUAGAAGCAGUCAUUCAUAGUCAUUAAAUAAGACUCUAAAGUGUU